GAAUGGCCACAACAUCCGCUAGUGGUUGCCGCUCAAGCCUGGACGCCAGGUACUACAGACUUUGUGAUACCACUGCAAUUUGGGGCAUUGUCCUCGAAGCAGUGGCCGCAGCUGGAGCUGUGACCUCAGUGGCCUUCAUGUUCGCUCUCCUGAUUCUCAUCUGCAAGGUGCAAGACUCCAACAGGCGAAAAGUGCUCCCGACCCAGUUUCUCUUCCUCCUGGGUGUUCUGGGGAUCUUUGGCCUCACCUUUGCCUUCAUCAUCCAACUUGAUGGCAGCACAGGACCCACCCGCUUCUUCCUCUUCGGAGUCCUCUUCUCCCUCUGCUUCUCCUGCCUCCUGGUUCAUGCUUUCAACCUGACGAAGCUGGUGCAUGGGAUGAGGCCCCUGUCCUUGCUGGUGAUGCUGAGCCUGGCCGUGGGCCUCAGCCUGGUGCAGGACAUCAUUGCUGCUGAGUACAUCAUCCUCACCAUGAACAGGACCAAUGUCGCCAUCUUCUCUGAGCUUUCUGCCUCUCGGCGCAAUGAAGACUUUGUCAUGUUACUUAUCUAUGUCCUCUUCUUGAUGGCGCUGACCUGCCUCAUGUCCUGCUUCAUCUUCUGUGGAUCCUUCAGCGGCUGGAAGAGACACGGGGUCCACAUCUUCCUCACCAUGCUUCUCUCCAUUGCCAUCUGGGUGGCCUGGAUCACCCUGCUCCUGAUUUCUACCUUUGGCCCCAUGUGGGAUGAUACCGUCCUCAGCUCAGCCUUGGUGGCCAAUGGCUGGGUUUUCCUGUUGGCUUAUGUUGUACCUGAGUUUCGGCUGCUCACAAAGCAACGGAACCCCAUGGAUUACCCCGUUGAGGAUACAUUUUGUAAACCUCAACUCAUGAAGCAGAGCCAUGGUGUGGAGAACAGAGCCUACUCUCAAGAGGAAAUCACCCAAGGUCUUGAAGAGUUAGGUGAUACACUCUAUGCUCCUUAUUCCACCCAUUUUCAGCUGCAGAAUCGGACCUCCCAAAAGGAUUUCUCCAUUCCAAGGGCCCAGACUCGGACUAGCCCUUACCAUGACUAUGAAGGAAGGAAAGACGGCAGUUAGCCGUUCAGAAGAGUGGGACAAGCACAGCAAGUCAGCCAAUCAAUGGGGAGUCCCGGGAGAUAUGGGCUAAAUCCCGAGGCUCCCGAGGAAACUGUACAAAACCUUUUGGGAAGAACUUGCCUUCCCUUCUGGAGUUUCUGGGGGGCUAACAAGACUCCAGGGCCUAGCACUCGUGUUUUCCCUUUGUCCCAGGCUUAGGAUACUUCUUUUAAGUGGGAGGGAGUCUCCGGCAACUCAGGGUGUGCCCAUUACUCUGCCCAGUCAUUUCACAAGUGACUAAAGCUCUGGUCAUCUGACCACUUCCUGGCUCAGUGAGCUUCAGGAGCCAGCUCUUCUCCCUCAAGGCUGGUUUUGUGAGCAGAGCAGAACUGCAAAUCUGAGCAAAAACAGCCAAGGCCUGUCCCUGCCGAAAUCUACACUGGAAGCCAACUGACUGGCACCCUCCCAUCUUGUCUGGGUAGGAGAGGCUAAAGGUCACCCCCAAUAUACUCAUCUCUGUGGCGCUACCACGGGACCCCUGUGGGCCCCCAGCACCAAUUCACUGGUCACCAUUCCCAAACUUGCUCUCCAUCCCCGGACAUAAGCUCCCCUGCAUGCUUUCCCAGAACUUCCUCUUGUAUAUCCCGCUUGCCAGGAGAAUUCGUGCACCGUCCUUGCACUAAAUUCCUUGCACUGAUUCCUCUGUCACCCCCUUGCUCCUCAGCUUCUGUAAACAGCUUCACGCUGCGUUCACCACCUGUGUUCUGUAAGUGGGCAUCGUCUACAAAUGGGGAGUGUUCCUUGUAUAGUAAGUUAUUCACCGCUCCUCACUUGGAGACGCAAUAAAGAUGUGGUGGCAAGUCUUUCACGGUGGCAGACGGGCAGUACGGGGGGUGUGCAGUGGACCUGAAGGAGAGACGGCGGGGCACUUGUCUUCACGCGGAGCUGAGGUCCCGCAGCUGAAGUUCAAGCUUCAAUUCCACUGGGCGUGCACUUGACCCUUCUCCACGCGUUUCUCCUUCUCCUCCUUAUGUCUAAGACAAGUGUGUUUUCCCCAGUUGUUGAGGUGAGGGGCAAGGGUGACAGGUGGAGCCAAGAAGGGUCACGGAUCCUGAGGUUUUGCUGCAGGAAGGCGGCGGAGUGGCAACCUUGGAAUGGGGUUUGGCAGGCCAAGUAGGACAGGGAGGAGACCUCAAAGCCAGCUCCACGAUUCACAGGUUUAACUGUAGGAGGGAAUACAUUCAGAUCCCUAUUUGACAGAAUCGGUUCAUAAUAUCCCUUGGAAAAGACAUGGUACCUAACAAUUAUUAUUUACUUAAUCCCAGAAACAGCUCUGUGGGGAAGGGCCAUAGGAAACACUUUUUGGUGAAGGAAAAAAAAAAAAAUCCCCAUGUACUGAAACAGAAUGACAUUUAAAAACUUGUAGCUGAUUUAGGGAGUUACCUCCUAAGAGCCUGAUGCUCUGCUUUUCAUCAAAAGGAAAACCCGGUGUGGGAAAAGGGUUGAGGUGAGGUUGGAGGUGAACUGAUGACACUCAGAAUUAAGGAUAUUUACAUUCCACAAAGAUUUGGUUGAUUGUUUCUCACAUGGCUUUGCACUAACAUUUAGCCUAGUUUUGUAUUGAAAAGGGGGAAUUACAAAUCAUGAUUUGGAUCCUUCCAGACCAUUCUGGUCUUUCUUAAGAGCCCAGUGAGGUUUUUGUGAGGAGAACGCAAUAUAAUCUCACGUCUAUUAUCUGUCAGAGUGUAGAUACUCAAGAAACACCUAUUCCCUCCCCUCUUUUCUUUCCUCCUCUGGUCUUUAGCCCAUCAACCGAACAAAGGAGGCUGAGUGAAAGGGAAAGCCACAGACGACCCUGGAUCUGCUUUCUUGUUAGGAAAGAGUAUCUGCCAGGCCUUUGUAUCCCCAUGACUGCAGUCCUCACAGCAACCUCUUCAAAAACAGGAGAAAACACAGGAAUGGCACCCAUUGCUGGCUUCUCUUCUAAGAAAUACAGCGUUGGAACAAGUAGACCAUCCCCUCACUGAAUUCUUUUUCUUGCCAGGAGGUAGAUAAAUGCUCCCCGUUGGAACAGCCCUUGUCAUCCCUCUGCUACCCUGUCUUCAGGUCUUACGCCUUCAGGACAUAAUUAAACUCUUCUGUUAAAAUAGGGACAUGGCAGGGACUGGAAGUGUUGGCGCCUGAUGAUUGCUAUGAUAUUGGAGAAGACGUUUCCAAAGACUUCCUGUAGGUCUCUAUCUUCACUGGAGUGAAAUAGAAUGUGCAAAGUCAGCCCAGCCUGGUCCUUGAGUGAUGCCCGUUGAUUGAUGGCCGGGAACCAAAAUGGCAGCUCCUUUGAACUAAAUGGGUGAUAAUGAAACGAAGCUCAGCAAUCUUCCUCUCAUCUUUCACUGUAGGGCGGGAGAUAGACUGUCUCCUCCUCUCUGCCGCUCACAUGAGGCUGGGGCAGUUCCGCAGCUGCCAUACUCCAGGCUUCCACUGGAUGGCGGUAAAACCUCAGGGAUCGCCCUCGGGGAGCCGGGCCUCUGCAAAAGCAAACCUCUUAGAGCUGCUUUCCCGUGAAGGGCACCUAGGCAGAACUGCAGACCUUCCACGGGCUCGAGGCAAGGGCGUCCCAUUUUAAAAGGUUCGCAUGCUCGAGCAGUUCGCGCGUUCCCUCCCACCGUCGUCGUCAGAGGACCCAUCUCCUCUGCCAGACUCUCUUGGCCCCGGUGUCUUAUUUUUGUGAAACCCUCCAAGGUAUUUGCAGCCCAUUUGCAUGCAACCCGGCAUCUUUGCAGACAGCGGUCUUAUCUGCUGUUAUUAACGUCCACGAGUAUUCAUGUGGUGAGAACAUUGGCUUUCUGUCAGGAAAAGCGUGCCCAAACAAAGAGGACAGACUGGCCCUGGAAAUGCCGCAGUAACAUACACCCCACCCCCCACGCCCCACCCCCGGGCAUUCUGGGUUUCCUUCCUGCAUUUCUAGACUUGUCGUUCUUGCCGAGAGCAGAACGGUGCCCAGCUGAUCUUUUCCUUCCUGGCCCGCUUCCUUCUGUAGCUAUCAGGGUUUGCAGGUUUGCCUCCGUCCCAGCCCCAGUCUGAAACAUGGAAUUAUUGCAGAACUGGAGGCGGGAGGCAUCAGAAAAAUCUUUCUGGAGCGUUCUGGACUGCUGAGAUCUGGGAUCUGGGCCAUCGGCCUCCAGGUUGUAGAUGGUCGGCCAUUGCACAUUCUGGAGUCCAACCUGUGGGCAUCUUCUGGAACCCCUUCCACCCAGAGCCGACAAUGCUUCCCCUCGCCCGCCACCCCCCGCCCAGCUUUAGGACGCUCCAGGUAUGCAGAUGGCUCUGUGUGGCCCUGUAUCAGUGCCUGACCCUCAUUUCUGCAACCUCCAGAUUGCUAGAACUUUCUUAACCCUUCAGAAUGGAACAUUCCAGUGCCGAAAAUGUUGGUGUUUGACAAGGUCACAGAACUUCUUUAGCUGGUGCCUCCUGGCCUUCAUUUUACAAAGGAAAGAACUCAGGCCUAAUGGAGUUAAUGUAACCGGAGCCAAAUUUCUGGUUCUGUCUACUGCCAACACUUGUGUGGUCAGUUUUAGACCUUUUUCUCCCCAAAGUGGAUGUUUGAGUAAAGAAUCUAAUAAAAUUACCAUGGUCACUCUA